GAGAAAGUAUAUAAAAACAUCUUUCAUCUCAAUUAUAUAUCAAUAUCAAUUCUCAAACUCAACAGAGAAAGUUAAAGGGUCCGACCCGAGACCUCAUCUUUCGCUGCAGUGCUCGUUUUCAGAGUAACAUAAGAACCGAUAGAGAAAAAGUGAUUAUAAGAAAAAGCGCGGCACACAGAGAAGAUAGCGCUCGAAGAAUCUCUUCUACAUCGUGCUCUGCUUCAAGUGUCGCUUCUCAAUUCUCAAUUUCUUCUGGUUCAUCACUUCAGUUACUCAAUUAUCAUUACGGAAGCUCUGUGAUUGUAGAUUUUGGAGUAAAAUUGUGAUUAUCGAACGACCUUCGUGGAAGUCAAUUACGAAAGUUUCAUUGCAUAAGCAACAACUCGAAGAUAAUCUACAACGAUAAUUCGAACCGUAAGCUCUUGAUUGGCGAUUAAGGACGCAGUGCUUGAAUUCACAGUAAUUCGUAAACUAAACUGAACGAAUGUGUCUCCGAUCUUCAACCUAACAAGAGAAUUACGGUUUCUAUUAAAUUCGGAUCUGAUCGAAGCAGCGAAUUCUCCAUCCCUGUUUUGCCUUCAAAAUUCAGAGAUAAUUCAGUCUUCAAAAGCGGUAGCAGAAUUGUGUUCUAUGAGAUUUGACCGAAUUUCAAAAUUACGUUGAAUUACGUACCAGAGAAGAAAAUUGAGAUUCAAGUAUUGAUGGAGCUUCCUCAAACACGUUCUUAUGGAGCUGGAGGAGCAGGGAGGAAAUCGACGCAUGAUUUUCUGUCGCUAUACAGUAAUUCAACUGCCGAACAAGAUCCAAGGCCAUCUGCUCAAGCAAGUUUCCUCAAGACCCAUGAUUUCUUGCGGCCACUAGAGGAGGUAGAAGCAAAAUCCAGUGCCAAGGAAGAAGCCACAGAUGAAAUCUCAUCGGUGGUUGAGAAGCAACCCCCUUUAGCAACACCAGCUUCAGUUGAGCACCUCUUACCUGGAGGAAUUGGGACUUACAGUAUCAGCCACAUUAAUUCCUGCGUGAAUAAUAAUCAAAGGGUUCCAAAGCCAGAAGCAUCAUCACUUUUCACUGUGCAUCAAGCAACUAGUGCUGAUAGAAAUGACGACAACUCCAAUUGCAGUUCACAUACUUCAAGCGGUUUCACAUUGUGGGAAGAGUCUGAGAUUAGAAAGGGAAAGACAGGAAAGGAGAAUAAUGUUGGGGAUAAACCCAUUAUAGGAGAUUCUGCUGCUAAGUUAGGACAGUGGACAUUGAAGGAGCGAACGUCUCAAUCGUUUUCUAACAAUCAUCAUGGCAGCUUCAACUCUCGCUCUUCAUCUCAGACAACUGGACAGAAGAACCAGAGUUUUAUGGAAAUGAUGAAAUCUGCGCAGGAUUGUGCCCAGGAUGAGGAGCUCGAAAAUGAAGGAACGUUUUUUCUCAAGAGAGAAUCCUCGAAUGUUCAAAGAGGAGAACUAAGGGUGAGAGUGGACGGCAAGAGUACUGAUCAAAAGCCGAAUACACCGAGAUCAAAACAUUCUGCAACAGAGCAGCGAAGAAGAAGCAAAAUUAAUGACAGGUUUCAGAUGCUACGAGAGCUUAUUCCUCACAGUGAUCAAAAGAGGGACAAAGCAUCUUUUUUGUUAGAGGUCAUUGAGUACAUUCACUUUUUGCAAGAGAAGGUUCAUAAGUAUGAAGGUUCAUUCCAAGGUUGGAAUAACGAACCAGAAAAACUGAUGCCAUGGCAGAGAAAUAAUGACAGGCCAGCAGAAAGUUUUCAACCUCGCAGCGCAAAUGGUGGGUCUAAUCCAUCUCCAACAUUGUUGUUUGCUUCAAAGGUUGACGAGAAAAACAUCACCAUCUCCCCAACAACUCAUGGGGGUAUCCAUAAUGUAGAAUCUAGCUUGAGCACAACAACUGCCUUGAAGACAAUAGAUCAUCCAUCUGGAAUAACAAACAAGGCUUUUCCAAGUCCUAUUUCUUCCCAACCAAAUUUCUUAACUUCAACCCAAAUCGGAGGUUCAGGUGGAGCAGUGUCUCAGCUCAGACGUAGAUUAUCAUCUGAUGCAGAGAACACCAAUUAUCAACCUUCAGUAGAAUCUCAGACUAUGACUUCAACCAGUGAAAAGCUGAAAGAGAAAGAGCUCACCAUUGAAGGAGGUGCCAUUAGCAUAUCAAGUGUGUACUCACAAGGGUUGUUGGAUACACUUACACAAGCCUUGCAGAGUUCGGGAGUGGAUUUAUCACAGGCUAGCAUUUCGGUGCAAAUUGAACUUGGUAAACAAGCAAGCCUCAGACCAAACAUACCAAUGCCAAUGUGUGUUUCCAAGGAUGAUGAAGAUCCUUCUAAGAAUCAAAGGAAAAUGCGCUCUGGCUCUAGAGUCGCUAGCUCUGAGAAGUCUGAUCAAGCACUAAAGAAGCUGAAAAUGUGCAGAAGUUAAUUCAACCGUUACAUUCAUUCUUUCCUUAAUAAUUUUUAUCAAUUAUUUGGGGUAACUUUUUAAAAUUAAUUUUUGGAAGGGGUAUUUAUUUCCUGUGCUGGAUUAUUAUCCAGCAUGGAUGAGAUUGACUGUACAUGUAGUGUCUUAGUUUGUUGGGAUCCUUAGGCUCUCCCCAACAAAAUAAUAUGCAUCAUUUUAGUUUCUAAAUAUAUAUAAUUAUAGAGGCCUCCCAUACUGAUACAAGCUGUUUUUGAUUCAUAGCUUCCAUUGCUGUAAAUUAGUAAACUCUUGGUCUUUUAUUUGCUGCAUAUUUUUUUAACAUUGAUUUUGGUGGUCUUGUGUAUUAUGCUUGAAUUAGAGACCCCUUGCGUAGCUCAUUAUUUAUAGCCUCACACCUCCAUUGUGAUAGCUAAUAAAAAUUGUACCUAUGAGAUAUCUUUCAUGAUUUGUUUA